UUUGACGGCUUGCGCAGUGUGUCGGUAGCGCUCAAUGACGGAGUUUCAUUACUAUCCGUGCAGAACUGCCUUAGCUGUCCCCCCAGAAGAGCAAACAAAGUUGAGUUUUUGCCUACAUAUUUCUUCAUACCCGAGAAGAAUAUGCAGGAAAGACCUAGUCUAAAACAACUUUCCAGCUAUAGUUUUUAAGAGAUGCGUUUUACCUCGAUUGACCUGUAGUAGGACUCGCAACACAAGGCGCUCGAUUUUAUAAGGGGAUACGGAGUCACAGAGACCUGCUCACUCCGGUGCUGCGAUAAGAACAGAGCACGCUGAAACACCAAGAUAGAGGGUAUUUUGUGGCGGUGUUCACACGUUUAACCGGGACCGCCAGACCAGUGGAUCUCCGUGAAUGCGUCAGGAAUAACCAAUCUAAAGGCGCACUUGCUUGGAUGCCCUGCCAUUACUUCACCUAAAUUCCAGUCCGCUGUACAACUGGACACUUGUCAGAGUGCCAAGCUGAAGUUCACAGGGAAUUCGUCAGCACAUGAUGUACACAAUAACUAGAGGUCCCAGCAAGCUUGUAACACAGCGGAGAACAGGUCCCACGCAGCAGAUUGAGAACAAAAGCAACGACUUAAAACACAAGCAAACCACCUGGUCAGUGUCAAGUUCUCCCGCACCGAAGCUCGUUUUUAACCGUCUGAACGGGAAGCGGUACCACACUUCGCCCACCCCGCUUAGCGACACGUCGGCAGAGGGCUUCACCGCGGCUCACGAGGAGAACGUCAAAUUUGUGCAUGAAGCCUGGGAGGAGGUGACGCAGCAGCUGAGUGGGGGGGCUCAGCCCGAGCAGACUGAGGGGCCUGUGCAGUACGCAGAGAAGACCCCCAACCCAGCGAUGAAGAACUUUGUGCCCAUCGACCUGGAAGAGUGGUGGGCCCAGCGCUUCCUGGCCAACAUCGCCAACCUGUCAUGAUCAGGCCAUCGAGUGCGAGGGCCGUGGCCAUGCGGACCUGACCGGGGGGGUGGGGGGGGAGGGGGGGGGAGGUGCAGCAGAGCGGGAGGAGGGCUGCUGCUGGGACAAAAGAGGAAGAGGAGGAGCAAAGGAGGGGCGGGCAGUGCCCGGGCCAGUGCCAAGAUGCCCGCUCUGCCACGCCCGCUCUCCUCUGAACUCUGACCUCAUCACUACAACUUUAGCACAACACCCCACCAUCACUAACCGCCAUCAGCUGAUAUUCAAUUAGACGGUGGAGGAACCAGUCAGUGAUUCCAAUCUUUUCCAUUUCUUUUUCUAGUUUCUUUUUAACAAUCCCACACUGUGAACAGAAGAAACUGUAUUGCUAAAAAAAUAAUAAAACUAAUUAAAAAUGAGAAACUUGCAUUUUGAAAA